AUGGGUAAUGGUGUGAAGGAGGCCACGGCACACCUGCCGGAGGAUGCUGAGCCCACCCUGCACACACCCAGAUCCAGAAAGAGUGGCCGCCACGACGUGCUCAGCUCUUUGCUCUCCGGGGCCCUGGCCGGUGCCCUUGCAAAGACAGCGGUAGCCCCACUGGACCGAACCAAAAUCAUCUUCCAGGUGUCUUCAAAGAGAUUCUCUGCCAAGGAGGCCUUCCGGCUGCUCUAUUACACCUACCUCAAUGAGGGAUUCUUCAGCCUGUGGCGCGGAAACUCGGCCACCAUGGUGCGCGUGGUACCCUAUGCCGCCAUCCAGUUCAGCGCCCAUGAGGAGUACAAGCGGGUGCUGGGGCGCUACUAUGGCUUCUGUGGAGAUGCCCUGCCCCCAUGGCCCCGGCUCCUGGCGGGUGCGCUGGCAGGAACGACGGCUGCCUCACUGACCUACCCACUGGACCUGGUACGAGCACGGAUGGCUGUGACACCAAAGGAGAUGUACAGCAACAUCUUUCACGUCUUCAUCCGCAUCUCUCGAGAGGAAGGCCUGAAGACCCUCUACCACGGCUUCACGCCCACCCUUCUGGGUGUCAUUCCAUAUGCAGGGCUAAGCUUCUUUACCUAUGAGACGCUCAAGAACCUGCACAAAGAGUACAGCGGCCACCGACAGCCCUACCCCUUCGAGCGCAUGAUCUUCGGGGCCUGCGCGGGCAUCAUCGGGCAGUCGGCCUCCUACCCACUGGACGUGGUGCGGCGGCGCAUGCAGACGGCGGGCGUCACGGGCUUCCCGCACACCUCCAUCGUGAAGACGAUGCGCACCAUCGUGCGUGAGGAGGGCGCGGUGCGCGGUCUCUACAAGGGCCUGAGCAUGAACUGGCUCAAGGGUCCCAUCGCGGUUGGCAUCAGCUUCACCACCUUUGACCUCAUGCAGAUCCUGCUCGAGCACCUGCAGGGCUAG